GGAGAUACCACAUCAUAGACUGGAAGCGUAGGACUAAACCACUGACCACUUAUGCAGAAGGAAAGUGAUGCACACUGUGGCCAGUUUAGUACUUUAUUAUUGUGAGGAUUAUGAGGUAUGUUGAGUUUUGGUGGUGGUGACCCUGACAAGAAGCAGGAUGAUGGCGUCGGAGAGUACAAAUGCAGGAAUAUUAGUUCUGGACACGAAAUGACGACUAUGAAAGGGACGGGAGGUGCAUCUCCAAGUCGGAAAAUAACAGUUUUAAGUCACGUGAAGUAUGAGCACUUGGUUGCUGGCAUAUCGGGAGGUGUAGCAUCAACUCUUAUUCUGCAUCCCUUGGAUCUCAUCAAAAUUAGGUUUGCAGUGAACGAUGGGCGGACUCCAGCUCCACAGUAUCAAGGACUUCGAAAUGCGAUGGCAACAAUAUUUCGACAAGAAGGAGCCCGGGGCCUGUAUAGAGGUGUCACCCCAAAUGUCUGGGGAUCUGGUAGUGCAUGGGGCUUCUAUUUCCUUUUUUACAAUACCAUCAAGACAUGGAUCCAAGGAGGGAACACAAAGAAGCCCCUGGGUCCAACGUUACAUAUGGUGGCAGCAGCCCAGGCUGGCAUCCUCACCCUUGUCAUGACGAACCCUAUCUGGGUUGUGAAGACUCGCUUGUGUCUGCAGUACUCUGACAUGGUCAGAACCAGAUUGCCAGAGAGCAAGCGUUACCUGGGCAUGAUGGACGCACUCAACAAGAUCUACCAUAAUGAGGGGAUUCGUGGCCUUUACAGGGGUUUUGUACCAGGGAUAUUCGGUGUAUCUCAUGGUGCCAUACAAUUUAUGACAUAUGAAGAAAUGAAAAAUACUUACAAUCAAUAUAGAAUGGUGCCCAUUGAUACAAAACUGGGUUCGAUGGAGUAUCUGACAUUUGCAGCAUGUUCCAAGCUUAUGGCAGCGGCAUUAACGUACCCAUACCAAGUGGUAAGGGCACGUCUGCAGGAUCAGCACCAUGACUACAAGGGCUCCUGGGACUGUGUGUGCCGCACCUGGAGGUAUGAGGGUGUGCUGGGAUUUUACAAAGGCCUGAGUGCUAACUUGAUUCGUGUGACUCCAGCCACAAUGAUCACGUUCCUCGUUUAUGAGCAUGUCUCACAUUUCUUGCUGAAUUUUAGAUCCCAAGGCUUGGACAGUGAUACAACUUUACCAUGCAGGAAAUGAUGAAAUCACAAGUUAGAAAUUUGGAUUCUUUUUCAGUAGUAAAUUUGCAUAUGAUGUAGAAGGGGAGGAAAUUAUUAUAAUGGUGUAUUUCAAAUUUAGUUAAUGCUAGUUGCCUGACAGAUAAUUCUGUUUUAGGUAUCCGAACAUUGGGAGACACUGUUGCAAGCAUCGUUGUGUCUGGAAAUUGAAUGUAUGUAAUAUUUUAGAGUUGAAUCCUUAUCAGAAGAAGCCAGGAAACAAGGACAAAUAUACAGGAUUGUCUUAUGCUGAAAAAUGAAAGAAGCAGUGAAGGUUAUGAAAUUUUCUGUAUGUAGAAAAUGAAAGAGGAAAGUUAUACUACUUAAAUUCAAAUUUGUACGUGGACCAUUUUCUGUAGUGGACAAUCUGAAAAUAUGACCUUGUCACCACAGCAUGAAUUAAUUAUUUUGAUGGAUCAUUUAAGACAAGUUCCACAAAUCAAGUGUUUCAUUUAAUUGUUCUUGCACAGUUUAAGAAACUUAUGUAUGUUUCUAUGUACUGAGUAUAUUUUGUCUAACAUGAAUGGAAAUUGGUGACCUCAAAAAUACUUUUCAUUCCUUUAUUCUCUAUUUACAAAGCCAAAAUUUAAUAAUGAACACUGUUCUAUAAGAAAACUAUUAUCAGUUGAUUUCUUGUUUAAUUUAUCCACUAGCAGCACAUUUAAGUUUUAUGCUAGAAGAUUAAAAUGAGGGAACAAUUUAGAAAUGUAUAAUUUGUAUGGUUCAGUGUUCAGGCACAUAUAUAUGUAGUAUACACAUAGAAGGAAGACUUUAUUUCAAUUCCAUUUAUUUUAAGUAAGCAUGUAAUAGCACAGUAUUGCUCACAGAUGGCAGAACAAACACUUAAAAUAGUUUUGCAUUUUGUGUAAAAGUACACUUGUCCAGUGACCAUGGCCUGUAGCAUGCAUAGAAUUGCUUAUGGGUGCGCGUGUGUGUCUGCUGGUUCUAUGUUGGGAACUCUGUCAUCCCUUUUACUUCAGCAUAUUGAAUUAAUGUAAUGGAGUUAUGGAUGUUCAGUUUAUUAAUGUCAUUACGCAGAGAAAAUGUGAUAAAUUUAUUUUUUCCCUAUCAUCUUACAUUAAAUAAUGCCACUGCCAGCAGUUUAAUGUCCAAAUGUGUGACAUGCUCGCAUAAAAUAUUCAGCAACUGCACAUUUGUUUGUUUGCUUCAGCUGUUAGAAAAGCAUCUGAUGAACACAGAUGCUCUUGUCUCAUUUCCUAUGGAUACAAUUUUGCACUGCUGGAACUCUUGAGGACUGUUACAUGAUUUUUUUAUAUUUUUGGUUUCAGCCCAAGUAGUAAACCUCUUCUAGAAGCAGUAUGAUUUUAUUGCUUAUAGCUAUCACUGAUAAUGAGAACAUAUACUAGUUGGUUACCUCACCUUUCCAUUAAUGUACAUCAUUUAUCAAGGAUUACAUUAUUACAUGAAGGAGGGUAUAGCUGUGGUUUGUGCAGUUACUUUUAUGUCAGGAAGUGUUUACUGUGUUGCCAUUUCAGAAAUAAAGAUAUUGUUUAUUUUGACAUGUCAUCAGUAGACAUAUCGGUCUGAUUGCUGAAAUAUCGUAAUGCAUUUAUUGUACCAAAUCGUUACACAUUAAAUUACAUCAAUGAACAAGAUAUGUUUAGCAGCACGUGUUCCUAACAUGUUGCAUUACAUCAUGAUGCUAUAUUAUAUAUUCCUUAAUUGCAACUGUAUGCUUCAUUAUGUUAACUGUUACAAAGUUGUAUAAUAAAUAUUGAUGUUGUAACCUAAUGACUCUGAAUUUAUUACAGCCGCUGUGACCAUACCUGGAGACAGUAGGCAUUGUCUUGUGUAUAUGUCAUUCAGGAGCUGUGAAACAACCAAUGUUUUACACUUUUUAUUGUAACCAGACCACGGUGCAUCUGCAAAGACUGCUAUGUAUUGAAUUCAAAUGGGACAUUAACUUAAGAAGUAGAAUUUGAGGUUCUCACAGUGGUGGUUAUGAAGAGUUCUGUCCUCUGGGACAUCAUGCUGUGUAGCUUAUAUAGUCACAAGCUAUGUAGCUUGUGUAGUCAGCAGACAUAUUGAAGGAACAUGUUGACUCCAUGUUCAGGGUUGAAGAAUAAGCUAGGGUCUGGUUGAUAUCUGCCUCAUGCUGGUUUCUUGCUUGGCUUAGUAAUGGAAUACAUGACACUAUAUCCCAGAAGAUAGGACUGUUCUAUUAAGAAGGUUCAGACUUUUAUUGCACCAUAUAUUGUAAGUUUUAUAUUGCAUGUACAAAAGUAUUAAUUGUUUAAUUGAAAAGUGGGAAU